AAAUCUGAAUCCGGCUUCCUUUCUCUAGACUCGCCACCACCAUCUCCGUCGCCACCGAGGACUGCCUGCCUCCCAGCAGAACUUUCUCCACUUUCUCUCCAACCACGCCCCUUCUCUCAAGUGACCGUCGCUACUGUCACGGGUCUGCCGGCGCUUUGCGUGAGAAUUACAUUAACUUUUCAACUGUAGACGUGGACUUAACCAGUCGGCAACAAAAAUGCUAAUCAGCUUAAAACUGACUACACCCAUUCCCAUAAAAACGGAAUCAACGGAUGAAACUCCGGAUUCCGAGGAAAGUACAGCGGUUCCUGUAUUCCAUGAGGAUGACUUCGAUUUUUGUGCUGGGUGUAAGACUCCAUUUAGGGGAGCCAAGAUAUUUAACGUCCCUGCAACCAGUUCUGCACAAGUUGCCGAAGAAAGAUCAACUGAAAGCGUUGGUGGAGACGUACCCUCUCAACCAAGACGAGGACAACAACAAGCAGCUCUCGACGAGGGGGAGGAACGGAAAGUGAACGAAUUUUACUCGUUCAACGUUGUCACUGGGGAAUUACUCCACGUCACUGCCCUGCAAGCUCUUCUCUCUGUAUUCGAACUCCGGCUUACCAAAACGGCUCCGGGACUCAAUUUGCAAGAUGUGAACGAUAAUCUUGGUUUUUGUCAAAAUUGUGGGACUCUCAUCUCCCAGUUGUACAAGUUGCACCAAGAAGUUGCAGGAUUAAUUCAGGAUGGGUCUGUGGUGUCUAAGCUGCUGCAGUAUGAAGACCUGUUAACCGAUAAUCAAGAAACGGACUUUACUGCACCUAAAAAACGCAGAAAAAAUACAAAUAAAGCGUCAAAUAAGGUUAAUGGCAUAAUGGGUGGUAUGAUGAGUGAUAUGGAUCACGAUGGAAGUUCGUCGUGGAAUGAUGAUGCUGACGAACAACAUGACCCUUCGUGGACUAAUGAUGAUUAUGAUAUGGGUAACAAUGAGGAUAACUCGUAUGAAAAUGCUAAUCACGAAGAGAGUGAAGUCAAUAUCAAACCUCGAUUAACCCCAAGAUCCGUGGGGAUCAAAAUAACGAGUGUUGCCAGCACGAAAUCUGUAGUAGUGGAUGACCUCAGCGACAGUGGAGACAGUGGAUCACGCAGACGACGGAGUUCAACGAAAAACGUGGAUUACAGAAAAGUCUUGGAAGGUCAACAUAUUGAUGGUGUUGACGACGACGAUGACGAUGAAUGGAAUGGAGACCGUCGUCGUAAAUCUAGUAAGACUACAGCUAGGAAAAAGACUGGAGGAGUGGCACCACCUACUCCAUCGAAAAAAGGCCGCGGUCGACCUUCAAAAGCAAAUUCCCGUGCAAAAGUUGUAGUCCCCCCUCCAAACGCCAGACAUAAGGACUCAACUUUUAAAUCACCUGCCGAUAAGGCACGUGAAUCAACUUGUACCAUUUGUCACAAGUUGUUUCCAGCCAGUUACUUGACGGAACACAUGAACGUGGCUCAUAAUGCAGUAGCAGGCCAACCUUGCUUAAUUUGUGGCAAAGUGUUUGAGAAUAGCUAUAAGGCGAUUAAACAUCUUUUAACUCAUGUACCAGAAAAAGCAUUCGGAUGUUCUCGAUGCCAUGAUACUUUCAAAACUGCUGAGGAACGAAAUUUACACACUAGUACCCAUCUCGAUUCGGACAAGAAACUGGAAUGUCCAAAGUGUCCAAAUUCUUUUACAUCCCUAUUGCUUUUGAAUAAACACGAAGCACAAAAACAUCGCCAAACAAAAAGCUUUCUUUGCUCAAUUUGUGCUAAACUUUUAACUGGAAAGGAUGAGUGGAUCCAGCACAUUUUGAGCCAUGGGCCAUUCUGUUGUUAUUACUGUAAAGUGUUUCUACGCCCAGGUGAGUACAAGAAGCACGUUCAAACUGUGCACAUCAGCAGACCUAAGUUGACUGCUUCUUCAACUGGCCCAAUUGCGGAAGUAACAUUGGACUGAUUGCAUUCGAAAUGAUGCAACGAAUGUAUAAGGGAAAGGAUGAAUGUAAUAUAAUACUAUAUUAAGUACUUUUGCAGCGAUUCAAUUUAAUCCUAUUUCCGUCACUAUACUACGUAUCACAUAAUACUAUUAAUAGCUAGUAUAUUUCCAAUAGAGGGUUCAAGUUAUUUUCUUAUCAUAUUGUACUUUUUAUAAAUUUCAUACCUAUAUUUUCAACUCAGUUGACCUUGAUUCUUAUUAUUCCUAUUAGGCGCUCUUUGAUAAUAAAUGUAUACAACUUUACAUAGAGUCACAUUUGUUAAAAAUCCAUUUGUAUGUCGAAAUACAAUUAAACAAUUAAAUAUGCAUUUAUCCUAUAUUUGAAGGUGAUCAAUAUAAUAGUGUGUUACUUGUGUCUGGAGAUAAUAUUUUAAUUUAUAAUUUAAUAUUUUAAAAAUACUUAAUACUAUGGUCUUAAUUUUAUAGGUUAGACUAUUGAUAGUUAAUACAGAUAUAGACAGAUAUUUGUAGACUAAUAAAAACAUGAUAAAGUGACCACUAUUGUGCAUCAGGUUUUCUGAACUGUAAAUAUAAUAUACCUUAGUUGGUUACUCAUACUGUGUUACAUAAUUUGCAUUGUAAUUUAAAGAUCCUUUAACUUGCAUAAAUUACAAAUUAUCUAUAUA